CCUUUCGCUGACCUCCUCACAGCUAGCCCAGCUGCUCUGACAAAGCACAGGGCCCCAGAGGGUGCUUGCUUCCAGAAUACUUUGGGUGUCUUGAGCACCCUCCUAACCUAAGCGUCCCCCAGCACACACACACACACACACACACACACGCGCGCGCGCGCGCACUCACACACACACACACACACACACACACACACACACACUGGCGGAGGCGGGGGUGGCCAGAGGGAUUAGAGAAAGAAAGUCACUGUCAGUCAGAAAAAAUAAGAAUCUGGGCUGGACGUGCCACACUGGGGUCUUCUGAAAGCAGGCGCAGCAUCUGCAGCUCCUCAUGCCCGGCCCUAAGGUUUUAUAAUAAUCAAGAAGCACAUGAAAGAGGCCUCUUCAUCAAGCAUUCUUGACUAAGUUAUGAAAAUGGAAUUGAAGUUUAUUUUCCCCCUUCAUAUGGUAAGUCCAGCUGUGAGCAGAGUGUUCUGUUCUUCACUUCCAGCAAGCCAGAGUUUUAUAAAUGGACGCUGACAUGGACUACGAAAGACCCAACGUUGAAACUAUCAAGUGUGUGGUCGUGGGUGACAAUGCCGUGGGGAAGACGCGCUUGAUCUGUGCCAGGGCGUGCAACACCACACUCACGCAGUAUCAGCUGCUGGCCACCCACGUGCCAACAGUGUGGGCGAUUGACCAGUACCGCGUGUGCCAGGAGGUCUUGGAGCGUUCUCGGGAUGUUGUUGAUGAAGUGAGUGUUUCUCUCAGGCUUUGGGAUACUUUUGGUGAUCAUCACAAAGACAGACGCUUUGCAUAUGGCAGGUCUGAUGUUGUGGUCCUCUGUUUUUCGAUUGCUAAUCCCAAUUCCCUAAAUCAUGUGAAAAGCAUGUGGUAUCCAGAAAUCAAGCACUUUUGCCCUCGAACACCCGUUAUCCUUGUUGGGUGCCAGCUUGAUCUCCGCUAUGCUGACCUGGAAGCUGUUAAUCGAGCCAGGCGCCCGUUAGCAAGGCCCAUAAAGAGAGGGGAUAUUUUGCCCCCAGAAAAAGGCCGAGAGGUAGCAAAGGAACUUGGCUUACCAUACUAUGAAACAAGCGUGUUUGACCAGUUUGGUAUCAAGGAUGUGUUUGACAAUGCAAUCCGAGCAGCGCUGAUUUCCCGCAGGCACCUGCAAUUCUGGAAAUCCCACCUAAAGAAAGUCCAGAAACCUUUACUUCAGGCACCCUUCCUACCUCCAAAAGCCCCUCCACCGGUCAUCAAAAUUCCAGAGUGUCCUUCCAUGGGGACAAAUGAAGCUGCCUGUUUACUGGACAAUCCUCUAUGUGCCGAUGUUCUGUUCAUCCUUCAGGACCAGGAACACAUCUUUGCACAUCGAAUUUACCUCGCUACCUCUUCUUCCAAAUUUUAUGAUCUGUUUUUAAUGGAAUGUGAAGAAUCCCCAAAUUGGAGUGAAGGAGCCUGUGAGAAAGAGAAGCAGAGCAGAGAUUUCCAGGGGCGGAUAUUGAGUGUCGACCCAGAGGAAGAAAGGGAGGAGGGCCCGCCUGGGACACCUCAGGCUGACCAGUGGAAGUCUUCAAACAAGAGCCUGGUGGAGGCUCUGGGGCUGGAAGCCGAGGGUGCAGUUCCUGAGACACAGACUUUGGCUGGCUGGAGUAAGGGGUUCAUUGGCAUGCACAGGGAAAUGCAAGUCAACCCCAUUUCAAAGCGGGUGGGGCCCAUGACUGUGGUCAGGAUGGACGCUUCAGUCCAGCCAGGCCCUUUUCGGACCCUGCUCCAGUUUCUUUAUACGGGACAACUGGAUGAAAAGGAAAAGGAUUUGGUGGGCCUGGCUCAGAUCGCAGAGGUCCUAGAGAUGUUCGAUUUGAGGAUGAUGGUGGAAAACAUCAUGAACAAGGAAGCCUUCAUGAACCAGGAGAUUACGAAAGCCUUUCACGUAAGGAAAGCCAAUCGGAUAAAAGAGUGUCUCAGCAAGGGAACGUUCUCGGAUGUGACAUUUAAAUUGGACGAUGGAGCCAUCAGUGCCCACAAGCCGCUGCUGAUCUGUAGCUGUGAGUGGAUGGCAGCCAUGUUCGGGGGGUCAUUUGUGGAAAGUGCCAACAGUGAGGUGUAUCUCCCGAACAUAAACAAGAUAUCAAUGCAAGCAGUAUUGGAUUAUCUCUAUACCAAGCAGUUGUCUCCUAACUUGGACCUGGACCCGCUGGAAUUAAUUGCCUUGGCAAACAGAUUUUGCCUGCCACACUUGGUUGCACUUGCAGAACAGCAUGCCGUUCAGGAGUUGACCAAAGCAGCCAUGAGUGGCGUGGGCAUUGACGGAGAAGUGCUCUCUUACUUGGAAUUGGCUCAGUUUCACAAUGCCCACCAGUUGGCCGCCUGGUGUUUGCACCACAUCUGCACCAACUACAACAGUGUAUGCUCCAAGUUCCGCAAGGAAAUCAAAUCAAAAUCUGCAGACAACCAGGAAUACUUCGAGCGGCACCGCUGGCCCCCUGUGUGGUACCUGAAGGAAGAAGAUCACUACCAGCGUGUGAAAAGGGAACGAGAGAAGGAAGAUAUUGCACUAAAUAAGCAUCGCUCAAGACGAAAGUGGUGCUUCUGGAAUUCAUCUCCAGCAGUGGCCUGAAGAGGAAGAGAAAAAAAACAAAAAACAAAAACCAAUUGGUAAUCUGAUCCACCACUUUUCAAAGCACUACUGUAAAAUUCGUCUUGUUAGAGAUACGACAUAGUUCAGGUUUCGGGCACUGACCUUCCUCCACUUUUGUGCAUUUAUCUUUGUUAGGAUCAAAGCACAAGCUCACCAUCAAUGAGCCUGGACAAAAAGGGAAGCUGACUCUCACUGCAUUCCUUAAACUGAUAUGUAUAUUUUUUUUGUUAGGAGGCUUAAUAAACUUUAGUCUGUUAUUUUGUUUCUUUUUAUACAAAGAAAAAAAAUCCAGCUUUCAUGUUUCUGAUUCCAAAUUGGAAAAUAUUUUUAUAUGGUCUGUUGUAUUUUGUUGAAAUGAAAAUACUGUGUAUUACUUUAUUUUACAGGCCACAAUUGACUAUGAAGUCACCCUGUGAUUCUCUUUGCCCACAUGACCACCGAGCAUUAUUACGUAAUUAGAGGGUUAUCCUUUUGUUGUGAAAGGAAGGAGGGGACUGAAAUCUCCCAAAGUGCAAAUUGGAGAGUGUUUAAUCUUUGUUCUGUUGAAUAACAUCGGUGUAAUUACAAAGUCAAUUCCAAGAAUGUGUAUUUACAAUAUUUGCCGUGUUAAGUGCUGGUAAUUAUAUGGUUAUAUGUGCCAUGUAAAAUAUAGUGAUAUCAAAUAUUCUGUUGUUUCCAAUGUCUAGUUUCAAGAGGACAAUCUUUAUAAUCAUUAGAAGGGCUUAUUAAAUCCCAGCAUUAUCCAGGGCAAACUCACUGGUGGACCUGAAUACAUAAGAUACAAUUAGUGCGCUGGUGUUCGGAUUGCUGUAUUAGGGUUUACAUCUCUCAGUAUUCCUUGAACUUGCCAUGCUUCUGCAUGCAGAUUCUUCACUGACUUGAAUUGAGAUGGGCAGGGGAAAAGGUCCCUGGACUCCCUCCUGCCGUCUACAGGCUUGUCACAUCUCACCACCAGAAACAGGCUUCCUCAGGCUUCUCACCUGUGGCCAACUUCACUUUGUAAGACCCAUAUUUUUAACUCUUCCCAGGGAAAAUUCAUGUUGCUGCAGAAGUAGGCUAAGGCAGACCACCCACUUCUGCUGAAAUGCAUUGGGAGCCUGUGAAAGCACAAAGCUGGAGGCUGGGCGCCUGCGUUCUCCUACACGGAAAGGAAUCUAAUUCCAAGAGUCUAGGAAAUGGUGCUAUUGUGAGUUAGUUCUGACUCUUUCUCAUUCUGAGUUUUCAGUGUUAAACUAGAAAGUGUGACAGCAGGGGAGCUUUCGUGAGGCAGUCAGUCAUUGCUUCUCUGUAAAUUAAAAUGUUACAGCACACACAUACACACACAGAGAGCAUUUCAAGGCCACAGCUCCACACCUGCCAUGGGAUGUUAAUGUGGCAGGGGGUGGGGCUCAUUCUGUUGGGAGGUCAAGUUACCAGUGCCAAGGACUGUUGAUUUUGUUUUUAUUUUUAUUUUUUCUUCUAGCUUUUCAGAAGAUGGAAAUGAGACAGUUGAGUCCAAACCCCAAUGCUGACAGCCAUAUGCAUUUGAAAAUCUAUCUAGAUUACAGAUGGGCAUUUGUUACUGGCAGUGGAAACACCAGAUAGAAGAUCUUAGGAGAGGCCCAGAAAUGCAUCACCUUGUCAUGACAAAAGAGGAGGCAGUAGAGUAGGGAUAGUUACAAAUGCAUCCAUCUUAAUUUUUUUCAAUAGGCUUGUAAAUCUUAUUAAUGGAAGGGGAAAGGAGACAGGAGAGGAUAAACGUCAAGAUGCAGAAGAAUUGACAUGUAUCCCAUCAUAAAAUGGUAGAAGUUGAGUUUUCAAUGAGUAGUCAUAGUUGAAAUUUUACAACCAAAGCUCCCAUUUGAUUGUAAUCUUGCCAAAAUAUAAUGGACGUAUAAAUGAACUUGGGGUAUAAGCAAUAAUAUCCACUAGUGUUGUUAUCAGCUACUGUAACCAAGUGGCUGGUUCAUUUGGUUGAUGCUGAUUAUGGCCUUUAACCAUGGUGGUUUGUUGUGUGUUUUUUAUUUCACAAAAAGCCAAUAAAAUUGUUUAGCUAUAAAA